AUGAAUUACAUCAGGAAGAAACAAAUAUCCAUGGAAACGAUAUUUGAAUAUCGUAGGAGAAAGGUAAGAAUGGUCAAGAAUGUAAAUCCUGCUAUAAACAUAUACAUGUAUGUCUACUAUAACAAUUAUAAAAAUGAAAAUAUUAAUGUUCGAGUUAAUGUAUGAAAUGUUUUAUUAUACAGAAUCAAAGUUACCGUGAUGUUACUGCAUCUUCUUGUGGACGAAACCUCGCAUGUGCCGUACACAACGAGCAUGAGGCUGUGCUAUUUAUGUGCCUGGUACAGUACCAUGCAGGAUGUUUAAAUUCAUAUAGUCAAGGAAAUCAGCCGUGUGAAGUUGUAAUAACAAGUGAUGCGUUGGAGGCAAAAUACAAUUGCUGGUAUUUAAAGAAAAAUGUGGGCAGUGGUGUUUAUUUUCAAACCGAAUGUUUUUUUGUGAAACGGGUAAGUUCUCAUUCCAAUUAAUGGUUCAUUUAUCUUUAUAUUGCGAUAUAAAUGCAAGGUUGUUUUUAUGAGCCUGGCCAUAAUGAUAGCAAAAUUUAAAGUGGUUAUAUAAAUAUUUUUACAACAUUGUUGAGAUACAUAUAUUUUAAGAUACCAAGUAACAUCAAAGGCUUUAUUAAUUAAAUGUGAUAAUAUCACAUAAAUUAAUAAAGCUUCUGAUUUUGCUUGGUAAUAUACUUAGUAAUGGUUUUCCAUAUUGUUGCUACCGAAUAUUUAAUUUCAUAUGCCAUGGCUAAGACUGAGUACAGUUGUGCUACAAUCAAGCAAAGCUAUUUGAUGGUGGUUUUAAUUACAUUAGUUGUUUUCAUUUCCGAGAUUGAUAAUGUAAACCAACCCUACUGUUACAAUCUGUAAUAAAACAUGUAAUAAAUCAACAUGCCCCUACAUGUUCAUGUUAUCACAUAUUCACUUCUACAGUAAUUACUGUACUUAAUUGAAGUUUACACAUUCAUUAACCCAUUAGUCACAUUGCACCCUGAUGGGCCCUAGUUUAUUAUUUUACUGUCUAACGCCAGAUAAUUUUGCUUGUCAAGAGGAGAGCGCUGGCACUUAAUGGGUUAACUAGCAUGUCUGUCUAUAUGUAUAGUUAAUCCAUUGAGUCGCAUUGCACCCUGAUGCACCCUACUUUAUUAUUUUACUCUGGCUAAUGCCAGAUGAUUUUACCCGUCAAGGGGAGAGCACUAGUGGUUAAUGGGUUAACUAGCAUGUCUACCAUGCACCCUACUUUAUUAUUCCACUCUGUCUAAAGCCAGAUCAUUUUGCUCUUCAAGAGUGUCUAAUGGGUUUAAUCAGUCAAAUGUACACAGAGGCAACUGACUUAUUAACCAAUUAAGCAUGUGAAAACUGACUAUGCAACUGAAUGUAAACUCUAGGGGACUCACAAUUUUAGUAGAUUCUGUUAUUGUCCUAAUAUGUAAAUGGUCACACUGUAAGAUGUAAAGACAUUAGCAUACUGAGUAUUAUUCUGCACAGGUGAAAGUUUUAACAGGCAGGCCAUGUUAUCAUUGCUAUAGAGAGAAUAAUUCAUGGGUAUUACAGAAAAUAAUAAUCACUAAUAAUAUACGUGAAAAAUAUUUUCUAAACUAAUUGCCUAAUACACUUUUUAGGCAAAAGUAAAACAGCGCCAAAAACUAUUUUACAUUAUUACAUUUAGUCUGUAAAAAUUUAUUGUUGUAAGGUGGAUUUGUGACCAGAUUGUAUUACAGGAGCUAAACUGUUUCAAACAUCUGGAAUACCAUAAUAAUUUUUAAUAGAAAAUAUAGUUAGGGAAAUAUUUAGUGUAAAUAUAUAAAGAUAAGGGAAAUAUUUAGUUAAGUAUGUCCAAAAUAAACCGUGCUCAGUAAAUAGGCAUAUAUUUAUGACCAUACUACCACCCAAUGCAAAUCAACUAAUUUCACUUACAUCUAAAUACUACCGCCCAUUGCAAAUCAUGGUAAACUAAUUUCACCUACAUCUAAAUGUAAAAUUAAAAUUUAAAACUAAUUUUUUAAACUAGGAUUACAGAUCAACCAUGAAUAUACAUGUACCAAUGGCUGAUGUCACUUCACUUCAGGAGGCUGUUAUUGAUGACCGGCAGGUCCCUUAACCAUCUGAUGACCUAAAUCUUGAUAUUUUGCAAAAUAUCUUUCACCAUCAAAAUUUGAGGGGCAUACAGAGGGAUGCUAUAGAAUGUAAUGCCUUGGAUAAAGAUGCCUUAGUCGUAAUUCCUACUGGCGGGGGAAAAUCUAGCUGCUACUGGAUUCCAGGCAUGGCCAUGUCGGGAGUAACUGUGGUUAUUACACCACUUAUGGCAUUGCAAAGUGAUCAGGUUAACAAAUUAAGGAACUAUGGAAUAAACGUUUGCAGUGUGAAUUCAAGUAUGCCAGCAGAAGAAAGAGAAAUUGUAUUCCAUAGUCUGUCUCAACCCGAAACGGCGUUCAAUUUGUUUUACCUCACACCUGAAUUCGCCCUAUCUCCACCUGCUAUGGCAUGUUUUAAGUCAAUGGUAGAAAAUAAAUCACUAUUGCGAUUCAUCGUUGACGAAGCUCACGGCGUUGAUAUGUGGGGAUAA